AUGGCAUCUUUCAACAUCACCCCUACUGAUCCAUCAACAUUCAUCCUAAUGGGCAUCCCUGGUCUGGAAGAUGCUCACCUCUGGAUUUCCAUCCCUUUCUUUAUAUUCUACAUGAUUGGCCUGUUGGGAAAUUUCACACUUUUGUUUGUUGUAAGGAAAGAGAAGACCCUGCACAAGCCAAUGUACUUGCUGCUCUGCAUGCUGGUGCUUACAGACAUCGUCAUGCCUACCUCCAUUGUUCCAAAGGCACUGUGUAUAUUUUGGUUCAAUUUGAAAGGCAUUACAGUAGGUGGCUGCCUUACCCAGAUGUUCUUUCUUCACGCAGCUUCUGUGAUGCACUCAGCCGUCCUUGUGACAAUGGCCUUUGAUCGCUAUGUUGCCAUAUGUAACCCUCUGAGAUAUGACACCAUCCUCACCAAUGCACGAAUAGCUAAGCUUGGGCUUGUAUGUUUGAUAAGAGCUGUUCUAUUUAUUCUGCCCCUGCCCCUGCUCCUGAGCAGGCAGCCAUUCUGUGCCAACCGCAUUAUCCCCCAUACGUACUGUGACCAUAUGGCUGUGGUGAAGAUGUCGUGUGGGGACAUUACAGUCAACAGGACAUACGGCUUGGUGAUAGCGGUUGUAGUCAAUGGAUUAGACCUCAUGCUCAUUGCUAUGUCCUACAGUCUGAUCAUCAGGGCCGUCCUCAGAAUGUCCUCCAAGAAAGACCACCAGAAAGCCCUCAACACCUGCACAGCCCACAUCUGUGUGAUACUGAUUUCUUAUACUCCCUCACUCUUCUCCUCUCUGACACACCGGUUUGGUCAGGGCAUCGCUCUCCAUGUUCACAUCAUCUUGGCCAACCUCUAUUUCCUGCUUGCCUCCAUGCUCAACCCUAUCAUUUAUGGGGUCAAAACCAAAGAGCUUCGUGAUAAAGUGGGCAAAUACUCCUGCAGAAGGUGA